AGGUUUAUCCAAGAUGGCGGCGGCGACGGCGGUUGUGCGGGGCAUUGGUUCAAAACUGAGCCAGAACCUGAGGGAGCUCCGCAUCCAUUUGUGUCAGAGCUCGGCUGCCAGCAAGGGGACCAGGGAUUUCAUCGAACAGCACUACGUGACAUUGAAGAAAGCAAAUCCAGAAUUCCCUAUUCUAAUCCGUGAAUGUUCUGGUGUACAGUCUAAAGCGUGGGCUCGAUAUGAGUUUGGAAGAGAGAGAAAUGUACCAUUGGAUAAUUUAAACUCUGAGCAGGUGGCAGAGGCACUGGAGUCUCUGAUUACCAAGCCAUGAACUGUGGAGCAAUCAGACUGUGAAGGAAAAACUUAAUAAAAAGUAGUGGCAUGGGAAUAUUUCUAUUCCACUGUUUUGCCUGGUUUCCCUGUGGAAUGAUAUGAAAACUGUAAAAUUAAUCUAAAUUAAAAUGCAUUUGAGUCCUG